AAAACCGAAGAAGAAGAAGACAAAGGCGGAAAAAGAAAAAUAAGCAACAACACUAGUGUGCAGUGUUAGUUUGUGCUAUUCUUUUGUUUAGCAAAACACAAUUAGAGUGCACAUGGCUUUAGAUAUAAUUUGUCUUGCAGCGGAAAUGUAAAACGCGUGUGUUCUGAAGCGGGUUGUUUCUUCAGUGCUAGCCUGAUAGCUAACAGCGACAGCCUAGCUUCACACUAUUAUUAAUUAAUUUCGCUUGUGUGCAUGAUCAGGCUUGUGUCAUUUUGAGGCGGUUAUCUGCAACGCCAGAGCAGAGAUGAUGGAGGUGGACGAGUUGGAGGCGAAACCCUUGGAGAUAAAGUGGCCCAAAGAGGAAGUAGAAGAUAACAUAAAGAAAGAAGAAAUAGAUGAUAAAGAAUUUACAUCUCACUCCCUAAAUGAGUCCACUCCCACCACGAGUGCAACUCACUGCAAGACGGAACCAUGUGUUAACGGCACGGACUCCCUCAAUCUAAUAAAAAGACCAGUGGUGGUUUUGACCAGACUCCCUGAAUAUAAGCUUAGCAUUCUGCGGCCACCAACGCCUCAGCAGUUUUACAGUGAGGACGAAUCCCUCAGCAGCUCUGACUCUGAUAUGCAGUGGGAACCAGGAAAUAAUUCUAGUGAUUCAGAUUUUUCACUCUCAAACAGUAAACAAAAGUCUCCAAAACUCUCAAAGAGCAACACAGCAAGAAGUCCUGCAACACCAGUGAGCAGUAGCCACAGCAAGGUGGCUGAAGUAAAACCUGUUCCACCACCUUUAGCUCAAUCGUCUCAAGACACAAUUACACGCCCCAACUUGCCAGAAAAAGAAAUAAAAGUGGACAUGGUGGUGCUGGCCAGGAAGAGAGCCACAAGAUGGCAGAAGGGGAAAAUAUUGGAUAUAAUUACAAAGGAAGAUGGACGGUUAAAGUACAAAGUUAGCUUCGAAGAAAAGGGGAAGAGUCUGGUGUCUGGACACCACAUCGCCUUUACCAACACGCCAAAGCUGGAGGAGCUGUUCAUCGGCGCCCGUGUGGUGGUUCAGUGUCAAGAAACCAAGUUCUCGUACCGGCCUGCUAUUCUGGCCGAGCUCCCGGGCAGAAAGAACCGCUUAAGGUUUUUGGUCUUUUUGGAUGAUCACACAUCGUUUUACGUGGGUUUACCUGCAAUUCACCUUGUGUGCAGACCAUUGCAAGAUGUUUUAAGCAACCUUCCAGACGGCCCUCACAAGUCAUUCAUGAAGCAAUACCUGAGUGACUGGCCGUACCCUCGAUUGACCCAGUACAAGCCUGGAUAUACGGUUAAUGUAGACUUAAAUGGAGUCUACCGUUGUUGUAAUGUUGAGGCGGUCGACUGCAGCUUGAUGCAAAUUGUUUUUCAGGAAAGUCAACAAAAGGAGUGGAUUUACCGAGGCUCCGUACGACUGGAUCACGUGGCUAAGUUCCUGGAACAGAAAGAGAAGGGCGAGCCCAAAGAUGACACUAAAUCAUAAACCCACAGAAUCUGGCAAACGUCCAAGUGUACAUGGAAAUGUAAUAAAUAAAUGCUGUGUCUAUAAUGUCCAUCAACCUGGAGGGAUGUGCCAUCGGAUUUGACUUUGAGUUAUAAGUAAAUCACAGACUCAAGCAUGUCUGCUAUGCAUUCAUCUUUUCCUUUCUGUGGUUUCACAUUUUGUUCUCUUACAUUUCCAAGUUGUGGAUAAUUAUACACGGUAUCUAUUUCCAGAAAUUUGGAUUAAAAGAAAUCAGCAUUUGGGAGGAUUUAAUCGGUAUAUCCUUUAGUAGUGUGGCAGUCCUACAGCUGUCAGCUGACUGAUGAUUGAGAAUAUGGUUUUAAUCUGUACUUUCCAUAGCUGAAAUGUUUUUUUCAUUUUUUUUUUUAUAAAUGUAUAUAUUAAUGCACAGAGAAGACAAUUAUGCCUGUUUUUGGUUGUAUACGCAUCACUACACGAAGGAUUGAUAUAUAUUUUUCCAUUUUUUCUUUUUCUUUUUAAGAUGAUAUUCUUCCCACAUUUGAAAGACAUAAGAUUUGCAUUACAAGUCCAGCAUUAACACACAAAACUAUGUUUGGUAGUAUGUUGUGCUUCUGUACUUCAGUAAAUAAACGCUAGGUUUUAUUUUGAUAC